CGUGCCACGAUCAUCGUCUCCUCGCUUUGCCAGACUCCCAAAUCAGUUGCCUGAAAUCCAAUUUCUUCCAUCUUUGUAUUCUUCUACGGUCCUAUAUCGGACUUUUUUUCACCUUCCAAAUCCCAAUUUCUGUUAACACGGAUUCCAUAUCAAAACCCUAGGUUUUGAAUCCGAUCCCUCCGUUGUCCCUGCUUUUCGUCGCCGUCCGUUUGGUUUUCCCCCAUUUUCAAUCGAAUCCGGUUCAAUUACUUGCAAACCCCUGGGAAUGGGAACUGUUCGGGUUCAUUUGGAUGCUCAAAGGCCGGAAGCCUCUUCGUCUGCUCAAUCCACCACCACCUCGUCCACCUGCCGGACGGAGACGGUCAACGGGUCGCACGAUUUCAAGAUUAAGGGUUAUUCGCUGUCAAAAGGCAUGGGAAUCGGGAAAUACAUAGCCUCCGAAACGUUUACUGUUGGCGGGUAUGAUUGGGCUAUUUACUUUUACCCAGAUGGGAAAAGUAAUGAGGAUAAUGCUACGUAUGUGUCUCUCUUCAUUGCGCUGGCUAGUGAUGCAACUGAUGUUCGGGCGCUGUUUGAGCUGACUCUGUUGGAUCAGAGUGGGAACGGGAGGCAUAAGGUUCAUUCUCAUUUCGGGAGGGCUUUAGAGACUGGACCAUACACCCUCAAAUAUCGGGGCAGCAUGUGGGGCUACAAACGAUUUUUUAGAAGACCUAUGUUGGAAACAUCCGACUUCCUCAAAGACGACUGCCUCUUGAUACAGUGCACUGUUGGCGUUGUCAGAACAUAUAUAGAAGCACCCAAGAUUUACUCCAUUCCUAUGCCACCGCCUAACAUUGGUCUCCAUUUUGGGAAGCUCUUGGAAAGUGCAGAGGGAAGUGAUAUAAAUUUUGAAGUUGAUGGUGAAGUGUUUCGUGCUCACAAGUUGGUGCUUGCUGCACGUUCUCCUGUAUUCAGGGCACAGCUCUUUGGUCCCUUGAAGGAACAAUACACACAUUGCAUUAGAAUUGAAGAAAUGCAAGCUCCUGUUUUUAAGGCAUUGCUUCACUUCAUAUAUUGGGAUGCACUGCCUGAUUUACAAGACCUCGUUGGUCAUGAUACAACAUGGGCUGCCACUCUGAUGGCCCAACAUUUGCUUGCUGCAGCAGACCUAUAUGGGCUUGACAGGUUGAGAUUGCUCUGCGAGUCUAAACUCAUAGAGGACGUCGCCAUCAAUACAGUAGCUACAACGCUAGCUCUGGCUGAUCAACACCAGUGCGUGCAACUGAAAUCUGUUUGUCUGAAAUUCAUCGCAUCGUCUGAAAAUUUGAAAGCUGUGAUGGAAACAGAGGGAUUUGAUCACCUGAAGGAGAGCUGUCCUUCGGUGUUAACUGAACUGCUUCAAUAUGUAGCCAAGAUGGGUCUACACCCAGCAACUUGCUGUGGUCAUGGCAGGACCGGUCUUGAUGGAAGUGAUGCAAAUGGAAGAAGAGUGAAACAGAGAAUGUACUGACAACUGAACUGGUAACUCCUGACCCCAAUUGGCCACCGUGAGGCGGUAGUGUAUACUCUUAUUGUGCACAACUUGUACUAUUUCUUUAUCUAUAACGAGCCAUUCAAAUAGGAACUACAUUGUUAUAGCUCUCCAUUGUCUUUUGAGCUAAUAUAUAUCAUGAAUGAACAUAUUUCCAGACUACCUUUUUGGACCCGAGACUGGUGUUUUGAUUUCGCGUGCGGUGUAUUUGGCGUUUGUCUUUGUGUACUCUUUUAACUAAUGGGAGCGCCUUCAUUGAUGCUCUCAUAAGGGAUGUGCUUUAUGUAAUCUUAUUUUCAUUCAUUAGUAUAAAGAAAAAUGUGUACCAUUA